UUUGAAGGAGAACGAGGAGGGAUGAGAAACAUCAGCAGCAGCAUUACUAAUUUACUACCAUGACCACCCCAACCAUCGCACAAUCGGCGCCGGACAUGGUGGCUGCGAUCAGAUUCCAUCCCACUGAAGAUGAAAAGGCCGACUUCUUGAGGAAGAAGAUGAAAAGUCACAACUCUCAAGCCUGCCUCUUCCUCCCUGUCAUCGAUGUCCUCAAGUUCGAGCCUUGGGAAUUGCCUGAGCGCAUGUUCCCUGAAUCUCCUUAUCAAGCAAAGGCGUGGUACUCCUUCAGCUGGUGUGAUUACAAAUCCAACAAUAGUCCUCGCUUCAAAAGGAAAACAAAGCAAGGCUUCUGGAAGAUGAACGGCGAUCAACGGGAUGUCGGCCCGAAAUAUUUCACUUGCAAAAAGAGGACAUUAACCUUCCAAAAAAAGACCUUCCAGGAAGGUCGUAGGUCUAAAUCCGUUACGACCAGCUGGAAAAUGCACGAGUACAUUUGCAUUAAGCCUAAACGGGGUUCUAGUCCCCAUCAGGCGAGGGAUCAGCAAAGGGGCUUUGUUCUCUGCGUCCUCAAGUAUAAACCAGCUGAUUCUAAGUCUAAUAAGAAGAAGCUUAAGGCUACUUUGAUCCGUGGUGAUUUAGCCGAUGGUACUGGUAACCGUGGCUACAUUGCCUCUAGUUCCGGAGAUGAUGAAGCUGCUACUGCUGCUGCAACGAAUCAUAUGCCUCCAAACACUGAAGAAGUUCUGGCAUACAAACAGCUAGAACAUGAUCUGCUUGGUAGUGGAAAUCAAGAUGAUGGUGAACCUGGUGGUGGCAGCUCAUCUGAUUUUAAUCAAUCUCUACGCGACAUGAUUCAAGAGUUUGGUGGCAGUUAUGUCCCCCAGCAGGUGAAUAUCUGAAUUCACACUUUCCUCCCUGAGCCACCUCAGCCUCAUCUCCCACCACAGCUUGGAAAUGCUCCUGAAGUCUGCAGUGGCGAAUUGGUUGAUCCUGGUACCAGUGGCUGCAGUACCUAUAAUACCGAUAACCAAGCUGCGACAAUGAAUCAUAUGGUUUCCGACACAGAAGAAAUUCUGGCAUUCAAACAGCUAGAGCGUGAUGUGUUUGCCGGUGGUAAUCACGAUGGUGGUGAACCUGGUAGUGGUAUUUUGACCUUUGGUGAUGGUAAUGAUGAAACUGGUGGCUGGAAAUUCUCGGAUUUCGAUGAUCGAGCUGCAUCUGAUAUGUUUCAAGAGUUGUUUCCUGAGAUGGGAGAAAUUCUGAAUUCAUCUUCUCAACCGCUGCAGCCACCGCAGCCACAUCAGCCACCACAGCCACAUCAACCACAGGAUUACAGCCCUUCCUCACUGCAGCCACCGUUACACACUAUGUAAGAGGUAAUUGAAAAACAAGAAGUUACUAUGAUCACAGAUAAAACAUAAAUAAUUAGAAUAAAACAAUCAAACAAUUAAUGGAAAUAAACUUAUCUUCCAAAGUGGAGGAAGAAGACGCCAUGACUGCUAGGGUUUCAAAAGGAGUCUUCUACACUCAAGAAGCCGAGAGUCCUUGCUAUCAAAUAGGGUUUUUAGCACAAGAUAGGAUAAUUACUGUGAGUGUAGGGACCCCCUAAUAUAUAGAUGCUCAUCCCUUUAAUCUAGCUUAUUAACUGAUUAAAGGGAUUUCGUUAUAGUCCUAAAUGGUAACGAAUUCUAUGUCAACUAAUUAAGGUUUUCAUGAUUAAUUGCACUAAAUAAGGACUCCUAAACCUAACCAAAUAGGGCUUCAUAAUUUUCUCAACUAUUAACUCAGAUUGACCAAGUUACUUGUAUGUCAAGAAACAGUGAGCGCAUGUUCUUUGACACUCACAACUUACAUUGUAUAUAUAAAAUAUCACAGUUCAUGUAAGAGGUAAUUGAAAAACAAGAAGUUACUAGGAUCACAGAUAAAACAUAAAUAAUUACAAUAAACCAAUCAAAUAAUUAAGGGAAAUAAACUUAUCUUUAAAAGCGGAGGAAGAAGACGCCAUGACUGCUAGGGUUUCAAAAGGAGUCUUCUACACUCAAGCAGCCGAGAGUCCUUGCUAUCAGAUAGGGUUUUUAACACAAGAUAUGAUAAUUACUGUGAGUGCAGGGACCUCCUAAUAUAUAGAUGCUCAUCCCUUUAAUCUGGCUUAUUAACUAAUUAAAGGAAUUUCAUUAUAGUCCUAAAUGGUAACAAAUUCGAUGUCAACUAAUUAAGGUUUUCAUGAUUAAUUGCACUAAAUAAGGACUCCUAAACCUAACCAAAUAAGGCUCCAUAAUUUUCUCAAUUAUUAACUCAGAUUGACCAAGUUACUUGUAUGUCAAUAAACAGCGACCACAUAAACUUUCUAAUGUGCAGCACAAAAAUUACAUCGAAACGUAACCCUUAUCGUUAUGAUUCUUAAUCCAGGCUUCUUUAGUCCAGAAGAAUAUAUGGGUCCUCUGUUUGAUCCAUCUUCGUUACAAGAUUACUUGUUGCUGUCACCAAUGAACACAGAACUAGAUGUUGUGCAUACCAAUAACUAUAUUGGAUGCAAUGAUAUCAUUGUUGACCAGGAUUGGUAACUUAGUAUCCUGGGAAGAAACAAUAGACCCUACUUUUAGCGACUGAAAUUUACCGAAGUUACAAGCAUGAGUCUAAGACAGCAACAGUGGAGUAAGAAACACAGAAAAUUAGGUUUAGUCGGUAUUAGCUAUUCAAGAAACACAUCAACAUAGCUAGUGAACAGCAGGAUCUUAGCUAUCGAAGAACAGCAAAAUCUUAGUUAUCAGAAAACAACAAUGGGGGACUUGUAAACCCCAAGAGCGUAAAGCACCACCUACCCUUAUCUACAAUUCAGGAACUGUAGGCAUUAGAAACUUCUUCUGCUAGUGGUGGACGAUUAUGUCCAGGACAACCGAUGUAGGUUACCUAAGCCUUUUCUGUUGGAUUUAUCCAAUAUAAAUAAACCUUUAAGUGGUCUACUACAUGUAAUAGCUAGGAAUGUAAUAUUGGAGAAUAAUGUUGAUUGUGAUUUGAUCUCUUAAAAAUAUCAAUCCUAUAUAAGGUGUCUUAUAUUGGAAAUAAGAUUGAUGAAAUUCUUAAUUGAAUAUGAUUAUGAUACUUGACUUGGAGACUAAGAAAGUAAGUUUAGAUUUCCUUUAUGGAUGGAAACCCUAGCUUUUAGUUUAUGUAAACACGGGUACCUAUAAGCCCUAGAACACACAACAUAAUACUUCCCAUAGAGUAGUUGUAUCGGGCUAGGUGUUUAUAGAAGACAUUGGUGUUGUCGUGCCUUUUCUCCUUCCUUGCUCGAGUACCAUGAUUACAACUGGAAUUAGGUUUGUCACUCUUUCGUUUGCGUUUUAAUUGUAUAACCUUAUAAGACUAAUUGUUGGUAUCAAAGCCACUGGUUAUAUGAUUAAAACCUAUUAGGUUUUAGGUUGGACAUUAUAAUAUUUUUAUGAGUUGCGUUUUUAAUCCAAGUUAUGAUUGCGUAUACUUGGCAACACCACCAUGUUGUUUCAAUCGGUACAAUUGAUGCUUGUUAAUAGGUUAUAUAACCAUUCGGGUUUAGUCAAGAAUUUUUAAUAAUUUUAAGGCACGAAUCCAAAAAAAAAAAAAAAAAAAAAAAAAUCAAGGAUAACAGCAAAUCGUGGUAUCAAUCCUUAUAUAUAAAUCAUGGUAUCAUAACUAUUUUACAAUGGAAACCAUGUGAGAUUUUUCUAUUUCAAAUAUAGUUCAAAGUGAUUCCUUUUGACCAGCCAUAUUAAGUCAUGGAAAAUAGCUUGGGUUAGGGACACAUGAAGUCACAAGUAUAAAACCACGAACAAGGCACUGAGAAGAAUAACGAUUUCGUUCUAUUUCAAUUUUCAUGCUAAUGUUUUGGUUGGAAUGAUUUACCAUGUGCCACUGAUGAUCUCAAUUUUUGUAAGCAUGCUAUAUUUGUUUUACCUUACUGAAGAGUCCCCUCCAAUUUGCAAGCAGAACGAAGUCAUCUACCAAAGCAAAAUGGCUUGUUUAAUUGACUUUGAUUUUCAUGAUGGUUUAUGGUAUUUUGGUUGAUAUAUAUUUGGGUUGAUCCCUGAAAGCUUAAAUUGGUAAUAAGAUAAAGGUAUACUUGCAUGAGUGAUGUGCUAAUUAUUGUAGAGCAUGUUCAUACAUUGAAAACCAUGUUUCAGUUAAGUAUGUCAUGAAUAUGGAUCCAAUUAUUUCAUGUUUGGCAACUGUAUAAAAAUAGGCAUAUGAUUAAUGUGUUUGACUAAGAAUUGAGAUUAUCAAUUUUUAAUCUUGUAUAUGUUAAUAUAAUUCAGUUCGAUCAGGAAGAGCAAUGAUAAAUUUAAGGUUUUGCAAUUUAUCUAAAUUAUUACUCCAGUCAAGGUACCGUUAUGAUAUAAUUUGGUAGCCAUAAAUUUUUAUUAUUUUCUCUACAAAAUGGCUUGAGGUGAUACUCCAAUUGAACAAGAAAUAAUUGCAUAAGUGUCGGCAAAUGGCAUAUGCAGACAUGCCCCAAGUAUGUAAAUGUCAAAUCUAUCUUGUUUGUUCGCGGCUAAUUUUGUUAAUGCCACAUGAGAGCAAGCUUGCUGGAAUCAAAAGCUCCAGCCGCAGGUUUAGGGCAGGUUUUUUUACUGCCACGCGCGAGAACACCUGUGUGAGGUGCGUCCUGGGCGGACAGGCGACAAGGGGACACUAACCACCCUUCAAAUGCCUCACGGAUCAUUGCAGGUUUUCUGUUUUCCUUUUGAAUGGGUAAAAUAAACUCAUAAAAUCAAUUUUUUUUUAGUUGCAUUACAUGAUUAUGUGUAGGAAAUAUAUGUAGACUGAAUUAAAUAGCCAUGUCAUUGGUUGUUGUCGGAAAUAUCCAACAUGGAUUCAAUUUUAAGUAUGCAAACAUGUAGCAAAAUUGACAUAUGGUGUGUUUUAUUAAAGGGAUUGUGUUCUCCUAUAUUGCUUUAAACUUGAGAUGAUCUUAUGUAAAGAAACAAAUGUAUAGAUUAGUAAUACAAUAUACUAGUGCUUAAGUAUGAUCGAGGAUUAAUUCAAGUAAGGUUUAUACUGAUAUUAACUCCAUAAGGAAUUUGCAUGACUAAUCAACUAGUUUUGUUUAUAAUUUUGUUUUCCUGUCUCAGUAGUCAUUUAAUCAAACGUGACUAGUUAACUAUGAAAAAUGGAUGCAUAGUUUGUGGAUUGACUAAGAAUGACAGAAAGUAUCCAGUGACAAGGACAAGAAUACUAAAUGAAUGAGGUUUCCAGUAAUUAUUUGACAAUUCUCACUUGUAUUUUGUCUAUUCUUGUAUGAGAAUUAUGGUUGGUCAUGUGAUUAUAUAUAUGUAUACAAAGAAGUAGUGAACGCAUGAAGGCAUAAGGUAUGUAAUCCAUUCAAAGUAUGUGACUUAAUUGAUAAGCAUGAAUUUUCAAACAUGUAUUAUUGUUUGUGGUUUUUUCUAUGCCUAAAGAAUUUAAACAGUGCUUUGAUUAGUAAAUUUUAUGAGUCAUAAGGGGAGAAGAAAAGAAACUUUUCAAGGCUAAUGUAGGGCAUAUAUUUGAGAUGUUUUCAAUGGAAGAAAAUAAUUUUGAUUGUUCCUUUAUUUAAUUUGAUAUUUACAAAGCUAAUGCAUGAUUUUAAUGCUAUGUUUAGUAGUUUUGUACUACGAAAAUAAAUAUAUAAAAGGAAAGAAACCCAUUUGACUUAAGAAAAACAUUUGAGUGAUUUAGCUUUUAAAUUAAAGGAAUGUAUUGUUCUUUCCCAUUACAUAAAGUAUUUCUAUUUUAAGUAAUUGACUCCAUAAUGAUAAGUAUUGACAUUGUUGUGGUGGAAUAAAACUUGUUCCGUAUGUGAUUAAUCUCUUUCAAGUAUGUUGUCAGGUUUCUUAAGAUUAAUUUAAUGUCAAAGGGAGUCAUGAAGGAAGGAAUUAGUGUCAUUUGUUGGCAAGACUCGAAGCUCGAAUUAGGUUAUCAUAAUUUUGUCACUUACAAUUAAUUAAUCCACUUGACUCUUGUAUUGUUUUAGGGCGGAGUUUAUCAAUGCCUUUUCAGCUAAGCAAGCCGCAACGGCUUAGUUGACAAUGGGAUUGUGUUUUUUGAGUUGCUUCGGUCAACAUUGCAUCUUAAUUAGAAUAAAAUGGAUAAUCUUCUUGCCCACAUGUGUGGAUUAUUUCUUUUAGUUUAAUUAAGAUGGCAUAGUAUGGGUUUUAUUUUACAGAAGUUGUGAAAGUUUCAUCUGCCCACAGGUGUUGAAGUUUUUCAUGAAGGUACUCUUGUGACAUAUAAUCUAGUACUAGAAACUAGUUAAUUUUUCUUGCCUGCAUGUGUAAAUUAAUCUAGUUUCAUGAAGUUUAUUGUGGAAUAAAGUUCCAUGUCUUCAAUUACAAAUAUUUUCACUAUGAGCCCCAUUAGAGGUUGUGGUUUUAAGACUUGUUGAUGCAUAGUAAUGAACCCAUGAAGGUUAAUCAAGGAUUGCUAAGGUACGCAUUAUUUAAGUAUAAUACUUGUAAAUAUUUUCAAUUUGAACUGUGAUGUCUAUUUAGAGGAUGAAAUUUGAUCACUUGAGAUUCCUUUGGACAUUGAAAUUGAAAUAACAUGAAAUUGAAUUUGUUAGAGAUGUUUAGAUUCAUGAUAGAUGAACAUAAUUUUUCUGGCAGAUUGUGUCUUGAUUAAAAUCAGAUGAAUGACAUGUCUAACGGUUACCAAAUGACCUGAAUUUUUGAUAUGUUAAACAUAUAUAUGUCUACAAUGUGUGCAAAUUUUCGUAAUUUUUUGCUGUGUAUUUUAAUUAUGGUGAAUUUACUAGUAACCCAUGCUCAUAUAGACAGUUUUACUGGCAGAUUGCGUUGGUUUUUUGAGUUGUCACUUUAGACUACUAUUUUGACCCAAAACGCCUCUAUAUUUUUAUUUUAUGAAGAUUAGUUUGUCUAUUUUGAUAUUUAUAAUUUUGGUUGCAACCAAGCUUAUAAAUUAAUUAUGAUAAAUUCUAAAGUAAGUGUAACUCGCUGAAAUUCUGUUUGACAACUUUAAGUUGGUUGUAAUGUCUAUUUUAUUAUGUCUAAAAUAUAAAGUAAUUUUAUUUAGGUACAUAUUUGAAAGAGUGUUUGCCCAAGUGGGAGAAUUAGUGAACGAAAAUUGGGCUUCACACUCAUUAAUUUAUUUGCAAGUAUAAACUCUAAAAACUUAGUGGGAGUUCUUAAAUUUUGAUCAUUAAGUGGACUUGCAUAAUACUAUUAAAGCGUUAUUCUGUCUUCCAUGAAUUUGUGUUUUGGUUGAUAACUCGAAUGACAAUAAUAUGUUUAAGUUGCAUGAAUGGAUACUUCGUAUAUGUGUACAUUUUUGCAAUCAUUUGAAUUCCUCGAUUGAUUAUUUGUUAAUCUUUAUAAAGAAUUUUGGGGGCUCAUAAGGACUUAGCAUAAAUGUGGAAUUAUUAAUAUAUAUAUAUAUAUAAGAUGGUUGUUGGAUGCAUGUUUUUGUGUAACAGUGGUAAAUGCUUUCGUACUUAGUUGUACCUUUCAUUGAGGUAACGUGCAUUCAUUGACUAAGUAAGGCUAUUCCCAAAGUCAUAUUUUCAAAAAUAUGAUUUAAGUAUUGAUUUGCAAAUUAAGUAACGAUGUUGCAGAUUAGUGGGAGCUUGAGUUUCGUGUUAGUAAUGGUUUACAUUUGCAGAUGACGUAUAAGUUAUGUAUAGAAUCCAUGUAUUCAUUUUAAUCUCCAGUUGGAUUCAUUAAGUCAUAAUUUUUAUGUGCUAGUCAAUUAUCUAAUGAAAUAUAUAUAUCGGAUAUCAAGUUGUUAUCAAAUUGUAUAUUAAAUGGCAUGGAAAGAUUUUUGCACUACCUCAACUGUGAGCAUUUCCAUCUGCCUACAGGUGUUGGAAAUCACCAUGAAAGUAACUGGUAUGGUGCGUAGAUCAGUGUUAAAAACAUGUUAAAUCAUCUUGCUCACAAGUGUUGAAUUAAUUUGUUUUAUGAAGUUUUGGGAUAUUUUACUUGGACAUGUGCCUAUUUGAUAUUUUCAGUUGUGUUCGUUGGCUACAAACAUUGUUUGUCUUGUUACUGGUCUAAUGAAAGUGAUGCAUGAUUGUUUUGGAGAUGCAUUCACACCUGCAGGUUAUGUUGGUUUCAUUAGAUGAAGGAUAUCUGCGUUGGCCGAUUUAAGGCUUUAAAGAAGCAUAAGCUGGACCUGAGGUGAUAUAAAGUAAGACAUUUUGGUUUUUGGUUUAAAAGUUUCAUCUCUUGUUCAUAAUUUGUGUUUCAUGUGAAUGAGGAUCUUAGCAUGUGUGAUUAUGAAGGUUUUGGGUUGUGUUAACCUUACGACCUUGUUAGUUCCAUGUUGACAAAUGCAAUUGACAGAAACUGCAUUAAGGACAAGAUGUAAUCACUAUUACAUGGCCACUGAAGUGACAUUAGUUUCCAAUCUCAAGUAUAAACGUGAAUGUUACAUUUGGUAAACCAAGUGGGAGAAUGUUGGAUUUAUCCAAUAUAAAUCAACGUUUAAGUGGUCUACUACAUGUAAUAGGAAUGUAAUAUUAAAGAAUAAUGUUGAUUGUGAUUUGAUCUCUUAAAGAUAUUAAUAUAUAAGGUGUCUUAUAUUGGAAAUAUGAUUGAUGGAAUCCUUAAUUGAAUAUGAUUAUGAUACUUGACUUGGAGGCUAAGAAAGUAAGUUUAGGUUUUCUUUAUGGAUGGAAACCUUAGCUUUUAGCUUAUAUAAACACCGGUCCCUAUAAGCCCUAGAACACACAACAUAAUGUUUCCCAUAGAGUAGUUGUAUCCGACUAGGUGUUUAUAGAAGACAUUGGAGUUGCCGUGCCUUUUCUCCUUCCUUGCUCGAGUACCAUGAUUAAUUAGAAUCAGGUUUGUCACUCCUUCGUUUAUGUAUUAAUUGUAUAACUUUAUAAGGGUAACACAUUCUUGUUCCUUUUGGCCCUUUAGUUUUUUUUGGUAAUUUUGGCUGUUUUAAGAAUUCCCUAGUUUUAGAAACUUCAAAGCUUGUUAGGUGAACAUGUUAGUUCAAAGAACAGCAGUAGAAGCCAGUGUUUGAGAUGUCAUCAGGAAAUCUACUCUCCUCCGACGAGUCCAGAUGAAGUAAAGAUGUCUUUUCUCAAAAUCAGCAGUUGUUUGAAGACGCAUAUCUCACGUCAACCAGACUACGAAUAUUCCUUAGCAAAAUUGUCUUCAGAUGGUGUACUUUCUUCAUCAAAAAGUCAUAUGAACCUCAGCGAAAUUUUGUCAAAUAAUGUACUCUCUUCAUCAAAGUAACACGUACCUCAGCAAAACUGUCUUUAACCAUCUUCCAUUCGCGUCUGUCCACUGGGAGUUGCUCAGAGAAGAAUCCGACUGCAAAGCUGUAUCACAAGACAAGGUCAGGGAAGCUGCAGAGAAUUGUGUUGUUCUUCAUCUGCCCGGGAAGAAAACAAAAACCGAGUCUUUGAAGCAGGCCACUAUAGGGUUCUUUCACUGGAGCAUCUCCUCAAAACCAUCAAUCAAGUCCCCGAUGGGGAAUGGUAUAAUACUUCGAUACCAAGUUCAAGUUCUAGCCUCGUACUCAGGUUUUCGUUCCAUAGUCGUGUCUUCUGGAAAUGGCGUUAUACAGGAUCUGCUGCGACGUGGCUGCUGGAGUCCCAAAUAUAUUACAAUAACCAGACACUAAAUGGUGAUGUCCUGGUUGUCGGCAUUGAAAUUUGAGGUUCCAUCCCUAAUGGAGUGGUAAUUGCGAUCAUUAUCAAAAUCGGAUGAUUAUGAUUGGUAUAAUCCUUUGAUACCAUUAAGAAUUAAACAUCCAUCAUUUGUAAAUAUUGCUUUAAUUAAUUUCCGUGUCAGCAGCCGCGUUUCUGUGCA